AAAAAUAUAAAAUUGCCAAUUACCAUUAACCAACACCACAAGGCAUGGUCUCGUUCGCCACCGUCGUUGUUCAAUUUGUAUUCCGUACUUUUGGUUCGUGCGGUUUGGAGCUAGAAACUUUCUUUGAACUCUGUAAUGUACAUCUCCCGCAAUUUCUCUACAACACCUCUAAAUUUUAUCCCAAAACAGUUCUCUCAAUACCAUCAGCAACAAAUCCAAUCCCAAAGAACCCAACCUUUCGUUCCCUUCUCUCAGCUUCAAAACCAACGCAAUCAUUUGGAAUCCCACCUCAUUUCGACUCUCAAUGGCUGUACCUCCCUCACCCAAAUCAAACAAACCCAUGCUCACAUUCUCCGAAACGGCCUUGAGCAGUGCUGCUAUAUCCUCACCAAACUCAUACGAAUCCUCACCAAAAUGGAAUUCCCCAUGGAUUAUUACGCUAAGCUUGUUUUUGACCAGGUUCAAUACCCAAACCCUUUUCUUUGGACUGCUUUUAUUCGUGGAUAUUGUUUACAAGGUCUUGUUAAGGAAUCCGUUUCUGUUUAUAAUUGUAUGAGAAAAGAGGGUACUUUGCCUGUUUCUUUUACAUUUUCAGCUCUUUUUAAGGCUUGUUGUACAGUUCUUGAUGUCAAUUUGGGCAGGCAAAUUCAUGCCCAGACGAUUUUGAUUGGUGGGUUUGGUUCUGAUUUAUAUGUUAACAAUAGCUUGAUAGAAAUGUAUGUUAAAUUAGGAUUUUUGGAGUGUGGGAGGAAGGUGUUUGAUGAUUUGCCUGAAAGGGAUUUGAUUUCUUGGACGAAGCUGAUUGUUGCGUAUGGGAAAAUUGGAAAUAUGGAAUCUGCAGGGGAAUUGUUUGGUCAGUUGCCUCUCAGGGAUAUGGUGGCAUGGACGGCUAUGGUUACAGGGUAUGCUCAGAAUGCUAAGCCUAGAGAGGCAUUGGUGUUUUUUGAGAGAAUGCAAAAUGAAGGGGUGGAAACGGAUGAGGUUACGUUGGUUGGGGCUAUUUCUGCUUGUGCACAAUUAGGUGCUGCAAAGUAUGCCAAUUGGAUUCGAGGUAUUGCUGGGAAUUUGGGGUUUAAUCCUAGUCAUUGUGUUGUGGUGGGAUCAGCUUUGAUUGAUAUGUACUCGAAGUGUGGGAGUGUUGAGGAUGCAUAUAAGGUUUUUGAGGCAAUGGAAGAAAGGAAUGUGUUUUCAUACAGUUCGAUGAUUGCAGGGUUUGCUAUGCAUGGUUGUGCUAAUGCAGCAUUGCAAUUGUUUUAUGAGAUGGUGAAAGUGGGGAUCAAACCAAAUAGGGUUACAUUUAUAGCAGUGCUUACAGCGUGUAGCCAUUCAGGAAUGGUAGAACAAGGUCGUCAAAUAUUUGCAUCCAUGGAGGAGGAAUAUGGGGUUUCUCCAGGAGUUGAUCAUUAUGCUUGCAUGGUGGAUCUUCUUGGUCGAGCUGGAUGGCUAGGAGAAGCGCUUAACCUUGCAGAAACAAUGCCGGUGGAGCCUGAUGGGGGUGUUUGGGGGGCAUUGCUUGGAGCAUGUCGCACUUAUGGGAAUCCUGAUAUCGCUCAGAUUGCUGCUAACCAUUUAUUUGAGCUGGAACCUGAUACUAUUGGAAACCACAUUUUGCUCUCUAACAUAUAUGCUUCGGCAGGGCAGUGGAAUGAUGUUUCAAGGGUAAGGAAACUGAUGAGAGAGAAAGGUCUGAGAAAAAAUCCAGCACGUAGCUGGCUGGAAGCAGAGAAGGGUGUAAUUCAUGAGUUCUUUGCUGGGGACAUGACACAUCCAAGGUCUGGUGAUAUGAAACAGGUGCUUGAGGAUCUUCUAAAUAGGUUAAAGGCUAUUGGCUACCAACCGAACAUGAAUUCUGUUGCUUAUGAUAUGAAUGAUGAAGACAAGAGGUGGAUACUAAUGGCUCAUAGCGAGAAGCUAGCUCUAGCAUUUGGGCUACUCAGUAUAAGUACUGAUUCCCCUAUUAGGAUUAUGAAGAAUAUAAGAAUAUGUGAAGAUUGCCACUCAUUUAUAUGUGGUGUAUCUCAAAUCACAGGAAGGGUAAUUAUUGUAAGGGAUAACUUGAGAUUCCACCAUUUCCAUGGUGGGAACUGCUCCUGUGGUAACUUCUGGUGAUUGAAUGUCGUAGCUGAAUAUUUUUCAAGGUUGAA